CCCCUUCCAAGUCGUGGAGUUUUAAUUUGUCACGUUUAGUUCGCUGUCAUAAAUAUUUUUCUCCUCAUGAAUAUAUUUCCGUCCAUGUGUUAAAACUCCUUAGAAUGAGCGAAGUUGACCGUGAUGAAUCUUGGAGUCAUGUUUUUGAAUUUUUGAAAAGACGGAACUGCCAAGGGAUUGUAACUAUUCCCCCGACUCUCAGCUCGCCGUGUUUUCGCGCGCACUUUACUUCACUUGACGUCUGUGUUGUGUUUUCUGUCUGUCAGUUCUAGUUGUCAAGCAAAAUCGACUCUAGAACAUAUACCAUGAGUGAAUAUAAACUCCAUAUGCUCGUGCAAGAGCUUAUCAAAGAAUUAGGGUCCACUUUACCAGCCUCUGAGUUUGUUGAAAACUUACAGCCAGAUGGCAGCUCAUCGUCAGUGGCUUUAACUCCAAAUGUUCUACAAUCUGGGUUGAGAGCUUUGGCUCAUAACAGUCCAAAUCCAGAUGCAUUUUUGGCCAAAUACGAAGAUUUGAAAUCCAAAAAGGUCCAUUGCUUACCAAAUGUUGUUGCCACUCUCUCACUUAUUGCACAGGAUAAAAAGUUGCGAGAGUAUUUACGCUUUAAAGCUUCGAAGCAGCUCAGGCCAGAGAUGUUUGCUACCCCAAGUACCAGCAAAAGCUUGAGUACGCCAAUCAUGCCUAAUUCCAGUGGAAAACCUGUCAAUCUCGAAGAAGUUCCUGGGCUUGUUACAAGAUUGAAGAAAGCUGCCUCAAGUUCAAGAAAACCAACACCUAGGCACAGGGAGGCUGAACGGAAAAUUAGACAUCCUAAUUUUUUUGCACCAGAGGUGCCUGAUUGGACCAAAAUACGUCCAAAGAUGAGCCGUGACUUUUCUUCAGAUAUUGUAUUACCACAUUCUCUUCAUGACAUUCCAAGGAUGUCUCAAGAAACUAAACUUAUGGAGGAUUUGCUUUAUGUUUUGUCUGGUGUUGAGGGUGAAUACAUCACACCUCAAGCACUUUUGGGCCCAUAUGAAGCUCGAACAUUCAUAAUUGGAGAGGGUGUGGACCCCUCUUUGAAGCAACUUGUUGAAAAAAUUCUGUCUCUUGCAUCUUACUAUUCUACAAUUGUAAGGUUUAUUGAAGAAAAAUCCUCCUUUCAUUGGGGUCAAGUGAAUCAAGCUUUGGCUGGGGCCAUGGAUCAACUAAUUCAAGAAUACAAGGUAUUUAUAGCUCAGCUGGAAACACUCACCCGCCAAGAAAAUGUGAACUUGCAGUCAAUCUGGUUCUAUGCUCAGCCCUCAUUGUGUACCAUGGAAAUUGUUGCUAAUAUAGCAUCAACAAUCAAUAAGGCUGGAGCCAAAGGUGGAAAGGUGCUGAGUUUGUUACAUGAAUAUACUAUAUCCGCAGGCGAUCCUAAAGUACAGAAACUUUGCACUCAUUUAACACAAGCUGCGAGUGUUCCCUAUAUGGACAUCCUUCAGGAUUGGGUGUACAUAGGAGUUAUUCAGGAUCCCUAUGAAGAAUUCCUUGUUGAAGACAAUGAGGUCAUUCAGAGGGAAGACCUUCCAGUUAAUUACUCCGAUGAUUACUGGGAGAAAUGUUACAUAAUAUGCCGUGAACGUGUGCCUAGUUUCCUUGAAAAGAUGUCUGAUGUGAUUCUAAGAACUGGAAAAUACUUGAAUGUCAUCAGACAAUGUGGUAAAAAUGUCAAACCUCCGCAGACACAAAAAUUGAAAUAUACUCUUUCUGAAAGGGAAUAUUGUGAAGCCAUCGAACAGGCUUAUUGUUUUGCUAGUCAGACACUUCUUAAUCUGUUAAUGAAAGAAUACGAUUUGAUGGGAAGACUACGGUCUGUGAAACACUACUUCCUCCAUGAUCAAGGCGAUUUCAUUGUGCAACUGAUGGAUAUGUGUGAAGGAGAACUCAAUAAAAAUAUUAAUGAUAUUGUACCCCAUCGGUUAGAAUCUUUGCUUGAAUUGGCACUGCGUACAUCCGCAGCAAAUAGUGACCCAUACAAAGAUGAUAUGAGGGCAGAACUCCUUCCUUUUGACCUUAUUCACCAGAUGUUUAAAAUUCAUGGUAUCAGUAGCCAAGAGUUUUCAGAGUCAUGUCAUGCUGACAUGCUAACCGGGCUGGAAUCAUUUUCAUUUGGGUAUGAGGUCAAGUGGCCUGUGUCUCUGGUCCUAAACUUCAAGACGAAAGCCUGCUAUCAGAUGAUCUUCAGACACCUUCUCUACUGCAAACACGUGGAGCGACUCCUUGGCAGGGUCUGGCGGUCCAACAAAGUUUGCAAGAUGUUCCCUGUCUCAUCAUCGCAGAGUUACAGGCCUGCCUUUGCUUUGAGGCAAAGAAUGCUGAACUGCGUCCAGAAUCUUCAGUACUACAUGAUGAUUGAAGUGAUUGAACCAAACUGGCACAACUUCCUGGAGAGAAUGAGCAAGGUGACGAACGUCGAUCAGGUGCUGGCCUGCCACAGUGACUUCCUGUGCGCCUGCAUGAAGGACUGCAUGCUGACCAGACCCGAACUCCUGCAGACCGUCAACAAGCUGGUUGGCGUGUGUGUGUCCUUCUGCCGCUUCUUCGAGAAUGCCCAGAAGUACUUCGUGGAUGCUGAGCUCAACUCUAUGAUAGCCCCUUCCGACGCUGAGAGUGAUGUCUCUGAGGCCGCUGCUCCAAGCCUUGAAUAUUCCAGUAUUGCCAUAGGGGAAAACUUUGAAGAAUCGAUUUCUAAUUUUGAUGAGCAGUUUUCAAUUGCUCUAAUCUGCUUGCUAAACAAAAUUGAAGAGCUGGCAGCAGAGGACAACAGUGAAAAAAUGCUGAAUGUGUUAUAUAGAAUGGAUUUCAACUCUUACUACACAACACUGCUGGCACCAAAGAUGGUGGAAGAGAGUCAGCAUGCUUCCAAAAGUGGCUCGCACACCUCCGGCUAGUUUCUCUCAUAGGGUGAUUCAUCAAAUAUUAACCAUUUAAUAUCACCAUGAAGUUCAGAAUUAUUUAAAAAAAUUGUAAAAAUAAAUUCAACUAAAAUUUUGUAAUUUUCUUAAGUUAAAUAUAUAUACUUAGUGAAGACAUCUCUCAAAGACAUUUUGUUGUAGUUUAUCCUUCUUUGCUGAGAAAAAUAGAUUACAGUUUCAUCAGAGUUGUAACUGUUCAGAAUCAUGAGUAGGGCACCCUAGUCUCUUGAAAUGCUAAAACAAAUGUGUGUAUUGUGCUACGUACAUAGAACCCCCCCUAAUUAAUUAGUCUGUGAUUAUUCUUUUUUUAUUAUUUUAUAGGUAAUGGUAUAGGCUGUAUAAAAGAAAUGAAGUAACAUUAAAAAAUAUGAAACAAG